AUGACCAACCGGGGAAAUCGCGCUCAACGCAAACGUAAAUCCACUCCUCCAUGCAACUCCGUAAAGAAAGGACGCAAUCAAGCAUUCUCACCACCAUCCAUAUCUCAAACUAACCCGGUCACCGCACCAACGAGCCAACGUGAAUCUUCGCCUUCUGCUGACGAAGAAACCUUAUCAGAAAAUUCAUUAUCAGAAGAGUCAUUCCUUUCAUCAACCACAGAAGACGACAAAAGUAGUCACCAAUCCUCUACAAACGACCAUCAGCCCAUACCAAAAAGAAUCCCGCCAAUAUUCUUGACGAAAAAACCCGAGUACCCAUGGCGCAUCAUAGCCAAAAGUCUUUAUGAAACACCCGGACACGAAUAUGUGGAAGCAAGUACCACAUCUAAACUCAACGAAAUCAAACUGAACUGCCCUGACGAAGCUGCUUUCCGCUCAGUACAGGCUUUUCUCGCAUCUAUUCAAGAUAAAGUAGGCUUCCACACUCAUGCACUUCCCAGUCAACGCACACUAAAAAUAGUCAUCAAAGGCAUUCCUCUUGAUAUCACUGACCAAGAAAUAACCGAUGAACUUAAAUCCCAUGGAUUUGAACCAACAUUCAUCAGAGCUUUCUCAAAAAACGGCCACAGAAUUCCUCUACACAUGGUUACCCUUGCAAACCUCGAACAAGCUAAAGACAUAUAUCAAAUAUCUAAACUCUUCUUUAUCAACAUCAAAAUCGAACCGUAUAGAUCAACUGGUCCGGCACAAUGCUACAAAUGCCAAAACUUUGGCCACUCCUCCCUCCAAUGCGGCCACUCUUCAAGAUGUGUCAAGUGUGGCGACACCCAUGC